CCUCACUGCUCCAGCCCGCGCUCCGUCUUAGCAACAGUCAACAAAGUUACUCUGGUUGGAUGAUUCCCAGCCCCCGUCUGUUGAUCAUCGGACUUGGGGGACCUGCAACUCGGGACUCUCGUACACAUAUCCGUGUCCUGUGCGCUUUGCCCAGAGAGAGAGCGAAAUGGUUCUUCAAGGACCCUACUACCCUAUUACGCCUGAAUCCUCCGGGACCUUCUUCCCUCCUUUACUCACGGCCCAUCCCAUGACCAUCGCCUCCCGUCGAGCCACCAGCCCUCGCCCGCGUAGACUCCAUGGCUUCCACUACGAUUCUACCUCGGAUCCUUACUGUGCUCGCUCUCGCAUAUACAGCGAACGCUGACUGGCGAGAUGGAAAUGGCGGAUAUGGCAAUUGGAAAAACGGUGAUUACGAAGGUGAAGGUCCCCCGUGGUGGGGUGGCAGAGGCGGCAGAGGCAGCAACAGCACCAGCAACAAUGACAGCUACCGAGAUCGCAGCGAUCAGGCUGGAGCAUUUGGUUCCCUCUCCGACUUCAACCACGCAAGCAGAAUCCUCAUAGCACACGCCGUCCUGGCCUCGUUGGUCUGGGUCGUCUUCGUCCCAUCGCUGGCCAUCCUCCUUCGCCUCAAUAUCAAAAAUCCAAUCGUACUGAAGCUACAUGCCCUUGGUCAAAUCUUCAGCUAUAUCGUUUAUAUUGCAGCCGCCGGAUUGGGCAUUUGGCUUGCCCAACAGUCUGCGGGCUUUGGCAUCUGGAAUGACCCUCAUCCACAACUUGGACUUGCCAUUCUGGCCAUUGCGUUCUUCCAGCCCUUCUUUGGCGCAUCACACCACCGAAUCUACAAGAAAAGAGCCAAUGCUCUUCAGGCAGGUCAGCCAACCAAGCAGCCUGGCAGAACCACGCCCGGCCGCACUCAUCUCUGGGUUGGUCGAAUCCUGAUCGUCCUGGGCAUUGUCAACGGCGGUCUGGGCAUCAGGUUGGCAUCCUACAGUCCUUUCCAGUCAGAUGCAACCUCUCGAAGAGCCGGAAUCAUCUAUGGCGCCGUGGCCGCCGCCAUGUUCGUGUUGUAUGUCGCCUUUGUCGUCUUCUUCGAGGUCAAGAGGGCUCGAUUCCAGGCCAAGGAGCGCGAGGAAAGGCAAAAGGCCAUUGAUAACAAGCAAGGACUGCCAACAUACGACGAAAGUGAAGAAUCUGUGGGGCAGAACCUUCCUCGAUACUCCUGAUUCAGCGGGCUUCUGAUAUAUGACCUUUAUAUGAUAUCAAGAACACCAGCGAGAUUAAUGAUGCUGGUGGCAUUCACUCCACAGAUGACAACGAUGACAUUAUGUUUUGUUCGAAUCACUCGCGUAGCUACAUCGAUCAGACCUCCUGGGCUGUGUUCCUUGUCUGCUGGAACUAGCUAAAUGACGAUGUAUUGACC